UGACGUUGUGGUGGAUGAGAUGGUGUGAGAAUUAGUUGCCAUAUAACUCUCUAAUUUAGGUGUUAUAGAUAUUUAGUGUUUCAUUUUCUCCCUAAUCUAACUAUUUUACUGAUAAUUAGUAAAAAAUCUCUAAAGGAUCAUCAUGACUACAUGCGCUUUUCCAAACCCUUUCAGACGUCUAGCCAACGCGCAAAUCGUCACACGUCACAUUCAUCUGUGCUGAUAUUGUUGUUUGAAGACUUCAGCUGGAUGAGCUCUUCUAACAGCUUAGGUGAGAGACGGGCUCGUGCAGUAACCUGGUGAGAAACGGGCUCGUGCAGUUGAGAGGGUAAAACAGAACUCUGUAGUUGAACGCUUUCGUUUUUACUGGACGCAGGAUUAACUUGUUCCGAGAUAAACUGUUGCAGCAUGACAUUACCGAAUUUGGUUGUGUUAAUUAGAAACUGCAUUUUGAACUAUUUGCAACUCCAGAGAAAAAGAAAAUAUCAUUGUAAAUCUACAAUUCUUCUGACAUUUCUCUUGCUUCUUUGUAGGUAUACUGUUAAUGGAACGACUUGUCAGUUUCCGGCGCAUUGGACAGGUAGCUGGUUUCUGAAGGGGUUCAGAGAUCCAGUUUACAUCAAGAACGGUGCAUUAUCCAGUAGGGGCGUCUGCCGAAAAGUGGAAGGUGAAAAGUUCCUAAUAGAAAGCAAAUCUGAGUCCUGCUUCCGGUGUGUUGUUAUUCACGAAAGACACGAAAAUGUGUUGCAGUUUAAGGAAACAUACUGUUCUUCCAACAGUGACCUAGAACAGAAAUGCCGUGAAAUCAGCGGAGAUGCUCCACUAUACUCUAUGUUCAGGCUUAACACCACGCCAAUAGCUUGUCCUUUCAAGGAUUCCUUCACUUUUAGUUAUAGUCGAGGUUACGGAGAGUGUAGCAACCCGAUUUCGACAGUUGACUCUUGCAAUAACGAUUCUCAACUUUUCUUUAAGUUCCAGGCAUGCGUAGAUGUGCGCAACUCGGAAAGUAGAGAAGAGAAACUGACAUGCUAUGGUACUUGGAAGGAAGGUUCUACGCGGUACCUAGUUGCUAAACUGGAGCAUAAAGAUACAAUAACAGAAGAAGAUAAAUUUCGUUGUUUCGUGUACGAAAAGCUUAAAAAUGAAUCUGGCUAUCAGGUUGCCCAAUCAGGAGACGCAACAUGUGAUGGGCUAUUUUCUGCCACGGAGGGAUCUCGAACUAUGACACUAAUCAGAAGUGAGAGAGACUCUGGAGCCAAAUGCCGCUUCCCUCACUGGUUUAUGGACUUCUCCCACUGGCAGUCACUGGACGGCUCCAAACUGUUCACCACAGAUCACAAAUUAAAGUCAUUUUACCUGUCAAAUAGUUCGAGGGAGGGCGACAGCAUCCGACUGGCGUGUAAUAGAAUUAGUAAACUGCAGGAUUCGCUUUACGAGAUGACAGUACAGGUAACUUCAGGAUGCAUGUUUGGAAAUCGGGGCUACAGGUGUAUGAGGAUCCACCAACGGACAGAGCACGUCAUAGAAGUCCAGAUAGGUAAGCAGGUUCUACACGCCAGUGGAGCAUGCUCUGAAAACGUCUUUAAUUCAGCUAAUGAAAGAUACGUAACCCUAACGACCAAGGACCCCAGGAAGGUCGGCUGUCCAGUAAUGGGAGAAUAUACAAUGAUAGAAUCGAAACCACAGUUUGCAGAGCUAGUGGCCGGUGGUUUGGAUGACCGUGCUUGCGUUGAGCGGUCAGUUCUUUCAGCAGCGUGUGAUGAGCACGAUCAACUGGAAUUCCGGACGCAAUGUCCAUCAAAAAACAAAGUAAAAAGUUUUCAAUGUCAAGGAAGCUGGGAGGAAAAUGGAACUCACUUUCUUAUUGCAAGUGUUCUCGAGACGAGAAGGCGAUACUGCAUGGCCUUCACAGAAAAUGACCAUGUUCUGUACGUAUCCAGUAGUCCACAGACUUGUGUCCGAACGGUCAAUCUUGACAGCCUUGGUCAAGGAGUAUUUAGUGUCACAAAUAAAGGUGGGUGUAGAGACACAGGUGGCGCUCAGGAUAUAAAGCAGCUGUUAAGUCACGUGCUCAUCUCUCUGGUUGUUGCUCAUGUCCUGAAUUUAAUACUGAGUGACGACGGCAACCCCUAUCGGUGAUGAAGAGAAAUAAUUCAAUCGGGUCAACAUUUGGUGGCUGUGAUCAUGAAUAUUAUUAUUACGCUGUGCAAUGUUCCAAAUGUAUUGUCCACAGCCCUAGAAUAAAUAAAUAAACAGUAUUAUAUGUAUAAAUAUACAUACACUCAUUUAUAAAUAAAUACAUACGUUUAUUGCGACAGAUAUGGAUGAAGGUUUCGAUCAAGGAAAGCAGUGAACUACACGUUAAGUUAUCUCGACCAUAAUGGUAAAAUACUAUCUUUUUUUUUUAUCCGAAAUAACUUUACCUUAGGUUUAAUAUGUCGCAAUUAACUGUUCGUGAAAGGUAUUAUUUUGUUGAAGUCAUUAACGGUAUAUCACGAACCACUGAAAUUAGAAGGUCGCUAUAAAUGGCUUAAUUAAUAGUGAUCAUGAAACGAGUAUAGUUUAACCCAACUUUCUCUACAAUGUAUGAAGCAGUAAAUGUGAAACACGUGUGUGGAUUUAUCCGAUAAUAAGACGAGUAACCACCUCAUUACCAAAGAACGUAGAGAAGAUAGUUCUUGAGGGUUCAUUACCGCAUCUUGGUAAAAGUAAAGCUAUACUGUGUCAUAGCAAGCAUCGGUUUAACGUUUCCUUCCUUACUGAUCAGAUCAACCGAGAGUGUUUAUGAUUUCACUACAAUGAAAAAUGUUGGUGAGGUUUGAGAUCAAUGUGGAUAUAAAAGUAAAAAACAGGCCUUCUCGAUUCCAAAUUACACUUGUUACUGGUGAGGUUUGAGAUCAAUGUGGAUAUAAAAGUAAAAAACAGGCCUCUCGAUUCCAAAUUACACUUGUUACUGGUGAGGUUUGAGAUCAAUGUGGAUAUAAAAGUAAAAAACAGGCCUCUCGAUUCCAAAUUACACUUGUUACUGGUGAGGUUUGAGAUCAAUGUGGAUAUAAAAGUAAAAAACAGGCCUUCUCGAUUCCAAAUUACACUUGUUACGUGUUAUCUUGAGGAAUAUGUCAUGAUUAGAUGAAAAUCUUUCUAACUGCGAGCUUCGUUCCUCUCUAAGACAAUGUACUGAAAGAUGAUUUAUAAAGCAGUUGAUACACUUGUAAAACUUUCCUUUUCCUCAGCUAGUACAAACAAUAGGUUAAAAUCAAAAGCAUGUAACUUAUGCUAUCAUAGUUCGAGUCCCGCAGAAUAACAUAGUUCGAAUCCCGUAAUAUUACAAUGUUCGAGUCCCACGGUGCAACAUACUAGUUGUUGCCCAUUUUCAUAAUUCGCAUGUUAACGUGAAAAUAGUAUUGUAUGCUCUAUUUAUUCAAAAUUAACAUUAAGUUUAAACUUUAGCCACAAUGUACUCAUACGUAUGCAUAAGGCAGUCCAGAUUUCCCUAUUAACGUGCCUUGUAAUACACUCUUACUUCUUCUGGCUUCAUCUCAGUAAAAUUUAGCCAAAUCUACUAUUAUGCAAAGAAAGUUUCUCUGUUGUAUACGAAAGAGUAAUAAAGUUCGCAUUGUUAGGAAUUA